GCGGUUAGAAUCGCCAUGAGCUCAGUAUUUUUCAAACAAAUAAUAUUCACCGAAGUGACCGAUGAAAUGUUCAUCGCUCAAGAGGAAUCAUUUGGUCAUUUCCAGAUUCGAUGACGGUGAUCUCUCGAGCUAAUGCAACCGAAUACGGUUUAGCCUCAGGCGUAUUGACCAAAGAUUUGGACAAAGCUCUUUGUUAAUAAGAAAAUCGUAGCCGGUACUUGUUUUGACAAUUUCUACAAUAAGACCGAUGUUUCCGCUCCGUUUGGUGGAUUCAAACAAUCAAGAUUCGGUAAAGAUCUUGGCCAAUAGGCUUUGAACGAAUAUCACAAGACCAAAACAAUUACAAUCGAAUACACAUAAAACGAAAAACUUGAUUCAUUCUUUUUUUUCAUUUCUAUUAUCUUCUUUCAAAUUGAUCUGAUUCUUUCUGUUUGGAUAAUUAAUCUAAACAUUAAUCAUGAAUAAAUGAAAAUCACCAUUAUUAAAACAACUUUUCCUUGGUUAACCAAAUUUGAUUACAAUUAGUGAUAUUUUUUGUCAGCUAUUUACUAUCAGAAAGAAACACUUACCUGAUUGAACCUGUUUACCAUUUGAAAAGGAUUAACCAAAACAAUUAACCAUCACCAUUUUCCUUGUUUAUCAGGAAAUCUUAAUACACAAUUAUCUUUACCUUUUGUUGAUCACUAAUCAUGUUAAAGUUAAUCUAAUUGAUAGACAGCUCAUUUGUUGAUAGUGUUAACAUUACCAAUUGUCAUAAAACAAAAUCACCUUUACAACUAUAGAAACACAAUUAAACCUAUGGAGUGAUUAACAUUGAUGAAAGUCCAACAAUCAAAUUGAACAAAACGUUUCCAAUGGCUUUUGGUUGAAAAUCUUCAGUUCAACUUUACCUCAUUCUCAUGAUAACAAUUGACCAAAACAAAGAAAAGAAGAAGAUUAAAUUAAGCAAAAGUUUCCAAUCAAUCAACUAAUCAAUAACUGGCCCUUUGGAGAUCAUCUAAUCAUAUAUAUAUUUUAUCUUCUUAUUUCUAAUCAUUCGGCAAAAUUAAUAUUUGGAUCGUUUUGUGUGUUUCUAUUUUGUCAUCUCUUCAAAAUCAAUUGUUUUUAUUUUUAUUUUCACUCUCUCUCUCUCUCUCUUUUCUCAUGUUUACAUCACCAUAUUCAUUUUCAUUGAAUCGAUUAUCAUGGUAACUACACCACAAAAUCAAAUGGAAGAUGGAAAACCAUUGAAAUUAUUAAGCUUCAUCCUUUUAGCCUUACCUCUUAUUGUGAUACAAGCUUAUCAACAGCGAGAACAAUUUAAUGGUGAUAAUUUAUCGACAACCCAAUCAGAUAAUGUUUCAUUUACUCGGACACUUUCACACCAAGAAUCUACCACUCAUGGUUUAUCUAUUUUUCUAUCUCGACCUGGAAAAUAUGAUAGGAAAUAUGCAACAUUUUCCGAAUCACUAAGACUUGAAAUGCUUCAAAAAACUCGAGAAAUGUUUCAAUUUGGUUAUGAUAGUUACAUGAAAUAUGCAUUCCCACAAGAUGAGCUUAAUCCGAUCCUUUGUACUGGCAGAGGUCCCGAUAUAUUAAAUCCGUCUAAUAUAAACAUUAAUGAUGUUCUUGGUAAUUAUUCCUUAACUCUAGUCGAUACUUUGGAUACUUUGGCGAUCAUGGGAAAUGUUUCAGAAUUUAAGAAAGCCGUUCAAUUGGUUAUCGAUCAGGUUUCCUUUGAUAAAGAUGUUAUUGUUCAAGUUUUCGAGGCCAAUAUACGACUUUUAGGUGGUCUACUUUCCGCUCAUUUACUUAUCAUGGAUCCAGAUAAACCUUUUGGAUCAAUUAAACCUUUCGGCUAUAAUGGUCAGCUAAUAGAUCUUGCUCAUGAUUUGGCCACUCGUUUACUUCCCGCUUUUGGUAAUAGUUCAACUGGUUUACCUUAUCCAAGGGUCAAUUUACGACACGGAGUUCCAACCAGUCAAGACUGUGAUUGGUGUGCAACCUCAACUUGUACCGCUGGUGCGGGUUCUUUGCUUCUUGAAUUUGGUAUUUUAAGUCGUCUUUUGGGUGAUCCAGUUUUUGAGAGUGUCGCUCGUCGAGCAGCUCGAACUCUUUGGUACCUAAGGUCAGAAAAUACUGGUCUACUUGGUAAUGUGAUUGACGUUGAAACGGGUGAAUGGGUCGGUAAGAUGAGCGGAGUUGGAGCUGGUCUUGAUUCAUUCUAUGAAUAUCUACUAAAGUCUUAUAUUGUUUUCGGUAAUCAAGAAGAUCUCAGAAUGUUCAAUGAAAGCUAUCGAUUGAUUAAACGUUACCUAAGACGAGGACGUGAUGAAUGUAACGAAGGAGUUGGUAAUCAUCCAGUCUAUGUAAAUGUUAAUAUGAUUGAUGGACGAACGUCAACCCUUUGGAUUGACUCAUUACAAGCUGCCUUUGCCGGAAUUCAGGUUCUAAAUGGUGACAUUGAAGAGGCCAUUUGUACCCACGCUCUUUAUUACGCAAUCUGGAAAAGAUUUGGUGCCUUACCAGAAAGAUUUAAUUGGCAACACUCAAGUCCGGAUUUAUAUUUUUAUCCACUUCGACCAGAACUUAUUGAAUCAACUUAUUUAUUGUAUCAGGCCACUAAAAAUCCGUUCUACCUACACGUUGGAAAAGACAUUCUAACAAGUCUUGAAAAUCAUACGAAAGCAGAAUGUGGAUAUGCGACGAUCCAUAAUGUUCAAGAUAAAAGUCUCGAAGAUCGAAUGGAAAGUUUUUUCCUCAGCGAAACCUGUAAAUAUCUUUAUCUUCUCUUUGACACUGACAAUCCUUUAAAUAGAGAUGCUGCUAAAUUCAUCUUCAGUACCGAAGGUCAUAUUUUUCCAGUUACAUGGAGAUAUCGCAGAAAAGCCUGGGAAGAUGUGGACAAAUUUGUAAACGAUUCAUCUUCAUCAUCCGCAUCAUCUAAUAUGCAAGAUGAAUAUAACAAUAAUCUACCAUUGGAUACUAAUCAUUCAACUAAAUCAUGCCUUAAAAUUAAUCAAGAGAGACAUUACAUGUUGCCAAUUAAGAAUAAUUAUCUUCAUCAAGUAAUUCAUGCCUUACGUUCAGAGGUUUAAUUUAAAUUGUUGAAAAAAAAAUAGUUGAUAAGAAAUCAGAUCAUAACAAUUGUGAAUCUAUUUUUUUAUGAUUUAUGAUUUACUUUCAAUGUAUUUUAAUAAUGUGAUACAUAAUGUGUAAUGUUUCAAACUAAGAUUUGUAUUAUUAUUUAAUUGAGAAACAAAUAAUGAUAUUAACAACAAGUUAGAUGAUCAACAUGAUCACUCAACGUUGAUCCAUA